AAUGUUUAAAAAAACAAUUAUGGGUUUUAUUGAGAUAAUACAAGCAAGAAUCAAUGCGUAAAACGUGAUGUUUUCCCAAAAAAAAAGUGUUCUUCCACUUCUUAUUUUUGUUCAGGAAAUUGUUGCAAUCUUGAUUUUUUUCUUCCUUACGUUGGCGUCACUCUUUGUUUAUAAUUUAUUGAAGAAUUUUAACCUUAUCACAGAAUGCUUGUAUGCUCGUUGCUUAUCACUGAUCGGAACCUAUUAUGGAUGUGACAGUUGUGUUUAAUGGUUUUGAUAAAUAUGUGUAAUUUUUAAAUAUUUUAUAUUUGUUAUAUACAUUCUACGUAACCGAUUUAAAUUUUAUGUAUUUUUAAGGGGAAGAAAUGAAUUCAUGUUCCUUGCUGGAUGAUAAAUAUUCAUCCAGAUAUUGGAAUUUCAUCUCUAAAGCUGUUUCCCAAAUUUUUGACACCAAGCCUAGAACGUCUGCUGUGAAGUUAUAUUUUGAACAGAUUUAUAGUAUUGUUUACAAGUGUGUUUGUGAUGGUUAUGGAGAAAAACUUUAUAAUGACUUGCUGAGGCAGUGUGUCGAACACUUGGAAGAGGCAGAUCAGUAUCUGACGUUGUUUGAAUGCCAUCCUCAUCAACAAAAUGAUGUUGAAAAAAUGCAGUACAUCUGUCAGUUCCACGAACUGCUGGAAGCGUACUUGGCGUCUCUGCAACAGAUCGUGCCGCUGUUCGUGUACAUGAACAAGUUCUACGUGGAAGUGGUGAUGCAGACGUCGCUGCAAGCUGAGCUGCUGCUGCUGUUCCUGCAGAAGGUGUCGAACAAGAGGAUGCAGGCCAUCACGUCCAUGGUGGAGGACUUGCUGGCGCGGCCCUUCGCGGUGAGGCCGGAGCUGCUGUUCUCGCUGUUCAACAAGCUGCACUACAUCAGUGUGGGCGUGUACGGCCAGCAGUACCCGCACCUGUUCGCGCGCUACGUGCCCGGGGUGCUGCCCCCCAUGAAGGAGUGGGAGAUCGACGAGCACAUAGAGGAGACGCGGGAGCUGCAGUACCAGCUGCGACAGGACCUGGCGGGGGCGACGGCCCAGGGCCGCGGCCGCAAGCGACGCGGGGACGAGUGCUACGGCCCCAACUAGCCUCCCUCGUCGCCGACCGUGCCGGACACACUCUCUCUCGUUACGAGUCCGAGCAGCUAACAUGACGUGACGCGCGGCAUGGAAUAAUACUUGACUGGAAGAAAAAAAAAUGUAUGUUUGUUAAUAAAUAAUUUUUUGUUUUCAGAA